AUGCACGUCUAUGGAGAUGUGCAUUCUUGUUCUCUUUUUUUUUUCCCCUUCCUCUCCUUUUUUUUUUACUCUUAUUUGGGCGUGAAAUCUAUUCUCUUUUUUUUUGUUUCUUCUUAUACGACGUCGCGUAUUGAAGCCUCUUCCCUUCUUGAAUCUCCUUUCUGUUUGGAAAUUUCUAUUUUUUCUUCUUCUUCUUCUUUUCAUGUUUAUAUUUCUUCUCCUUUCUCUUCUUUAUUUAAUACUCUUCUUCUUUUUCAUCACUGUUUUUUCUCUUUCUUCUUCUUCUUCUUCUUCUUCUUCUUCUUCUUCUUCUCCAUCAUUUUUCUUUUUCUUUAUCACAUUUUUUUCUUCUCUUUCAUCAGCACAUUUUUCUUCACUCUUCAUCUUUUCCGUGAGUCUUCUAAUUCUUUUUAUUCUUCAUCAUUAUUCUAUUUUCUUUAUUCUUCUUCCCUCUUCUUUUUCUUCUUUUCCAUCCUUUUUUUUUUCUUAUUCUUAGUCAUUCUUCUUCUUUCUCAUCAGUAUUCUACUUGUCUUUCUUGUUCUACUAUUUGGACGCUCUUUUUUUUCAACUAUAUUCUUUUUCUUCUUCUUCUUCUUCUUCACUCUUUAUCACUCUUAUUUCUUUCUUUCCUUAACACACUUCUUCUUCCUCACUUUAUUUUCUUCACUCAUCCUCACUAUUCUUCUUUUCUAUCACUCUUCUUUUUUCAACGUUCAUUCUUUUACUUGUUUCUUCUUCUUACUCUUCUUUUUCAGCAACCUUCUUUUCUUCAACAGUCUUCUUCUUCUUCUUCUUAUUCUUCUUAUUCUUCUUCUUCUUAUUAUUAUUAUUAUUAUUAUUAUUAUUAUUACCUUCCUUCCUCACUAUUUAUUUCCUCAAUUCCUUCUGGUUUUCUUUUCGCCUCUCCUAAUUCUAUGCGAUACGAUUGUUCGUUUCUUUCAUUUAGUUCUUUCUUUCUUUCUUCCUCUCUUUCUAUUUUAUUUCUUUCUUUCUCUCUUUCUUUUGACAUACAUUCUUUUAUUUUUGUGCUUUUCCUUCGUUCUAUCCCAGACUAUAUUUUCUGUCGUUUUCUUUACAUUUUUGUUUCCUUCUCAGACACUGAUAUUUUUUUUCUAUUUUUCAUUCUUUCUAUUUUUCUUGUUUCUUGUUUUCAUUCCUAUUCUCUCAGAGUCUUUCCUUACCGUCUUUAUCUUCUUCUUACUUAUCGUUUUUUCUUCCUUCUUUCACGUUCCUUCUUUCGUUUCUCUUUCUUCCUUUACUUUUUUAUUCUCUCCUUGAUAUCUUUCUUUCUUUCUUUCUUAUAA